AUGUUAAAAUCGGCUUCGGGAACGUUGGUGAAUGUCCUAAGGAGGUCUUUGGUGCCAGCCACUAAUGUUUGUGGAGUACUCCCUGCUAGAAGGUCUCACGGAGGCCCAGUUGAAUCAGAUGAAGACUUCGACAGAAGAUAUGAAGCUUUCUUCAACAGAAAAGACAUUGAUGGGUGGGAAAUCCGCAAGGGCAUGAAUGACCUCUGUGGUAUGGAUUUGGUGCCUGAUCCUAAGAUUAUCAUUGCUGCUAUGCAUGCUUGCAGACGGGUGAAUGACUAUGCCCUGGCUGUGAGGUUUAUUGAGGCCUGCAAAGACAAAUGUGGAUCCAAAGUAAAUGAGAUUUACCCAUACAUAAUCCAAGAAAUUAAGCCAGCACUUUCAGAGCUGGGAAUUGAAACUCCAGAGGAACUUGGCUAUGACAAGCCAGAAUUAGCUUUACAAAAUGUGUUUGACAUGUAA